UCCGCUACACCGCAAUCAAUCACUGAGUGGGUGUGUGUGUGUUCUGGUGCUCUCGCUCGCUCUUUCUCUCGCCUGCAAUUUCGCUGGCUUCAUGUAGCCUCCCACGUUGCCCACGCUGCGUGUAUUGGGUACACAGACUUCCUUUGAUCCACUUUGGUCGCGUCACUCCUGCUUCUGCAGCCCAGCCUCUGCAGCUGAGAGGACGUGGGCUGUGGGAUAUGUGAUUUGGGUGGAGCAGGUUCGAGGGGAUGGUGCCAAUAAGCGUCUCGUAGCUCGCACGGGAAGGUUUCGGAAGUGGAUUUGGAAUUCCGAAUUCGGGACUCUGUAGUUUCUUAUUUUUUUUAAAAAAGAGAAAAAGGCAGCAGCUCGUGUUCAAGUAAUGGAAGCCACGAUGGUCAUCUCACACGGGUCUGCGGUGCAGUUGAGUCUUGCUUUCAAGGGCUGCUCUACUGGCAAUAACAAUUCCAGCCCAACAAAUUAUUCGUCGACACGACUUUGUAACAUCAGUGUUAGAGCUCUACAAAAUAAGCCAAUUCUCCGCAAUGCCACGGUUGGACUCAGUUCCACCAACUCACCUGGAGGUUUAUUUAUGACAGUUGAUUACAAGAGCCUUCGGGGAUGCCCGAUGAGGCGCCAGAGAACUGGAAUUGAAGUUAGGGCAAGUGUUGCAACUGAACAACUUACCGGAUCGGAAGAUGGUGACAGUGGUAAUACAGAGCGGGGCGGGACUGAGACGGGAGUGGUGAUCGUGGGAGCUGGGUUGGCGGGUUUAGCAGCAGCAAGACAAUGUGCACAGGACGGGAUUCCGUUUCUGCUGGUGGAAGGUUCGGACGGAGUAGGGGGCCGAGUGCGGACGGAUUCAUACCAGGGGUUUUUGCUGGACAGAGGGUUUCAAAUUUUUAUCACCGCUUACCCGGAAGCACAGAAGGUACUCGACUAUGAAGCUCUAAACUUACAAACAUUUUAUGCGGGAGCUCUGGUAUGGUUCAACGGCGCAUUCCAUCGAGUUGCUGAUCCUAUCCGUCACUUUACAGACGGUUUGGGUUCCUUGUUUAACCCUAUUGGAUCAGCGAUAGAUAAGGUGAUAGUGGGGAUUGUUAGGAUAAGAGCAGCUGUUAAACCAGUUGACGAAAUUCUGUCUUCCGAGGAGACGACAAUCCUGAGCAGGCUCAAAUCAGAGGGGUUCUCUGAGGCGAUGGUUGAUCGGUUCUUCCGCCCCUUUUUUGGCGGGAUUUUCUUCGACAGGGAACUGCAGACCACGUCCAGGCUAUUUGAGUUUGUCUUCAAGUGCUUGGCAUUAGGAUCAAACACUCUUCCAGCAGCUGGCAUUGGCGCAAUUCCUCAACAAAUGGCAGACAAACUUCCCCAGGGUUCAGUUCUGCUAAAUUCACGUGUUGCCAAGUUGGAGAAAGAUGACAAAGGAGUCACCUCAGGAGUGGUGCUGGAAAACGGACGAGGGAUCAGCGCUAAAUACGGUGUGGUCGUUGCUACUGAGGGGCCAGAGGCAGCUCGGUUGUUGGGAGAGAAGCUUCCAACCACUCCUUCUGUGGAGAAACCACCCCGCAGCACGACUUGCUUGUACUUCUCUGCAGAUUCUUCACCUGUUAACGAGCCCAUCCUGCUUCUCAACGGGACAAAGAAUGGGAUCAUAAAUAACAUGUUUUUUCCCACAACCGUGGCACCAUCGUAUGCUCCUGCAGGCAAGACCCUCGUCUCGGUUUCUCUUUUGGGCCUUCAUGAAAACACUUCCGACUCAGAAUUGGAAGGCACUGUGCGGGCCGAGCUUCGCUCGUGGUUCGGACCCCAAUUAGUCGAUUCAUGGCAGCACCUUAGGACAUACCGCAUUUCCCUAGCUCAACCUUAUCAGGCCCCGCCAACAAUGUUGCUUAAGAACCCAAGGGUUGAGCAAGGCCUGUAUGUUUGCGGGGAUCAUCGUUAUUCUUCAACCUUCGACGCUGCACUGGUAUCAGGAAGACGUGCAGUGGAAGAGUUGUUGGCAGAUUGUAAGAUGACGUCGUCCAAAUGAGAGGCGUAGAGUGUGCAACUCCAUGUACUUUUACGGUUAUUUUUGGUAUAAUAAUGAGAAAAUGUAUCCAUUCAUGCGCUGUAA